CCCCGAUGCCUCGCUCUUGUCGGAUGGGAGAUAGCAUCACACAGCAGGCAGGAUGACAAACCAGCCAACAGCCAACCAGUCCAACACAAACAAGGAGAAGGAGAAAGAAGAAAACCAGCGAGAUGACAACACAGAGGUUGCGUAUAAAGAUGCUGGCCACUGCAGCCGCAACACUCACAACCUGCUGCUGGGACUCACUGUUAUGGGUGUUGUUAUGGGGGCGGUGUUUGGGAUGCUGCUGCGCUACAUGAAGGUGACGGACAGCUCUGUCCUCACUAUGAUUUCCUUCCCUGGAGAAAUCCUCAUGAGGAUGCUGAAAAUGCUCAUCCUGCCUCUAAUCAUCUCCAGUCUUAUCACGGGGCUGGCUGGUUUAGACGCCCGUUCCAGUGGCAGGAUGGGUAGUAGAGCCAUGGUGUACUACAUGUCCACCACGGUUAUCGCUGCCAUCCUCGGGGUCAUCCUGGUUUUGGGGAUCCACCCGGGGAACCCAAAACUGAGAGCGGGCGCAUCGGGCACAGCCCCAAAGAGCCAGGAGGUCAGCAGUCUUGACGCCUUCCUCGACCUGAUCCGCAACCUCUUCCCUGAGAACCUGGUGCAGGCCUGUUUCCAACAGGUUCAGACGGUGCUGAAGAAGGUGCCGGUUGUAGCACCAAACCAGACUGAGCCCAUUUUAGUGAACAGAAAGAAACUGGAAUACAAAUGGGGCAUGAACGUCCUUGGCUUGAUUGGCUUCUUCAUCACCUUUGGUAUCUGCAUGGGCAGGAUGGGCGAGCGGGGGAAGAUCAUGUGCGACUUCUUCAACAUCCUCAAUGAAAUUAUCAUGACGAUGGUGUCUCUGAUAAUGUGGUACUCUCCUGUUGGCAUCGCAUCUCUGAUCGCGGGGAAGAUUGCGGCCAUCGGAGACCUGGAGAUGGUGGCCAGACAGCUCGGCAUGUACAUGGUGACCGUCAUUGUGGGCCUGGUGAUCCACGGCGGCUUGAUCCUACCUGCUAUAUUCUUCGGCAUCACCAGAAAAAGCCCCUUUGCUUUCUACUCUGGAAUCUUCCAGGCUUGGAUCACCGCUUUGGGCACUGCUAGCAGUGCAGGGACGUUACCCGUCACCUUCCGCUGCCUGGAGGAAAAUCUAAAGAUUGAUAAACGCGUGACUCGCUUCGUGCUGCCCAUAGGUGCCACCAUCAACAUGGACGGCACGGCGCUGUAUGAGGCCGUGGCAGCCAUCUUUAUUGCCCAGAUGAAUGACAUCAGCCUGGAUGGCGGACAGAUUAUUACUGUCAGUAUGACCGCUACCCUGGCCAGUGUUGGAGCUGCCAGUAUUCCCAGUGCUGGACUGGUGACUAUGCUGCUGAUCCUGACGGCUGUUGGCUUGCCCACCCAGGACAUCAGUCUGCUCAUCGCUGUCGACUGGCUGCUUGACAGAAUGCGUACCUCCAUCAAUGUGGUGGGCGACUCAUUCGGUGCCGGGAUCGUGGACCACUUGUCCAAGGCAGAGCUCACAGAACUCGACGCGGCGGAAAUGCAAAUACUCCCGCCAGAGGAGGAGCUCGAUUUCAUCCCUCCGCCGCCGAUCCUCACAGAGAUGGACCUGAUCGACCCUCUCAAACCGCCCGAGCUGCCACCUCGCUCCCCUCGCCCACCCAAACAAAACCACCAUGGCCACGGCUUCUCCCAGUCCCACUCCAUCACUUACUCCCCGUCCCGUUCUGUCCGAUCUCCAUCACCUCGCUCCAUCCGUUCUCCCUCUCCGCGCUCCGUCUGCUCCCAUUCUCCCCGGCCUUUCCGUACUCAUUCACCACGCCUCCUCCGCAGGACGGAACCGGGCUACUGUGCUCUGCCCAGCCAUGAUAACCAGAUUCCCACACUGCCUCGCUGCUACAGAGAAAGAGACCGGGAACGGGAGCGACUGAGGCGAGAGAGUGAAACUGAGGAGGAGGAGGAGAGGGAGAGGGUUUUGGGUGAAGUAAGCGACGGCGAGGAGAGUGAUGACACUGCUUAUGAUCGGAGGCACGCCAUCCCACCAGGCGACCUACCAUGA